AUUGUUGCCUUGUCUUUCACAGAGCCCAGCCCAGUUCAUGAUCCCAAGGCAAAAUAUGUUGGUGUGACUUCUGUCAAGUUAACCUGGAUGGUGAAUGACACUGCUGCUGACUCCUACUCGUACAGGAUAGAGGUUUCCAAUGGUACCAGCACUAGGACUGUGAUGACCAAUGACACCGAAGCAGAAAUUACUGGGUUAACCCCUGGGACGUGGUACAACUUCACCGUAUUUGCAGUAGCAGCUGAUAACAAGACAGAAAGUGAAGGAAGGUCCCUAGACCUGUACACAAAGCCCAGCCCAAUUUAUGGUCUCAAAGCAGAAUAUAUUAGUGAGACUUCUGUCAAGUUAACCUGGAUGGUGAAUGACACUGCUGCUGGCUCCUACACAUACAGGAUAGAGGUUUCCAAUGGUACCAGCACUAGGACUGUGAUGUCCAGUGUCACCGAAGCAGAAAUUACUGGAUUAUCCCCUGGGACACAUUACAUCUUCACAGUGUUUGCAGUAGCAGCUGAUAACAUGACAGAAAGUGAAGGAAGGACGUCCAUAGACCUGUACACAAGACCUGGCUCACCGAGUUCGUUUCUGUGUGAACCAGUGGCCAAGCAGCCUUCUCUAAUUCUGAAGUGGAAUUGUCCUCCUGGUUACAGCACUGGCUUCAGAAUUACAAUACCUAAUAUAAAUACUUCAGAAGUGAAUUCAUCCUGCAUAGGAGAAGCCUCAGAAGAAACCUUCAAAAUAGAACAUUUAGAUUAUUUUAGCACUUACAAUGUAACUAUCAUAAAUCUUAUAAAUACUUCUGAAAGCUCUCCAGUGUACACAGUGUGUAACACGAGCAUUACCGACCCACCUCCUCCAAGCGAAGCUCCUUCAGUCAAGGCAGUCAGUCACAGAUCAUUGUCUGUUGAAUUCUCUAAUUUUGAUUCAUUGUAUGGUCCAUUAAAAGCCUACGCAGUAAUGAUCACAACAGAAGAGCAAGGUUCUGAGUCUUUGAAGUCUAAAUUGAACAACACAUACAAAGAUUUCAAGAAGAAGAGAGCAACUACCUAUGUUACGUAUGUCAGAAAUACAGACCAGGCAGAAUCAGCUUCUUUUCAUUCUCAGAACGAUAAAAACAUCAUUGAUGUAGGCCAGGGAGGCGAAACGUAUGGCUACGAAAAUGGACCAUUGACCCCACUUAGUUCAUACAGGGCAUGUAUUGCAGGUUUCACUAAAGUAAACUUCAGUAUGAUUGCAGCCGAAGAUAGCUACGUAUCGUUUUCACCCUGUUCUGAACCAGUUUUCCUGCCCCAGGAUCCAGGUGUUACUGCUGGAGUUGUUAUUGGAUGCCUUUUGGCUAUCCUUGCUGUAGUCACAAUAGGGGGUUUCGUACUCUGGAGAAGGAGAAGGAAAGAUAAAAGAAAUACUGAAGUGUCCUUUUCUCCAAUUCAAUCAAAGAAGAUGAAAGUGGAGUCCUUUGAGUCCUACUUCAAGAAACAGCAAGCUGACUCCAACUGUGGUUUUGCUGAAGAGUAUGAGGAACUCAAGUCUGCUGGUGUUCAUCAGCCCAAAUUUGCUGCUGAACUUCCUGACAACAGAGGAAAAAACAGAUACAACAACGUCUUACCAUAUGAUAUUUCUCGUGUUAAACUUCCAAAUCCAAAUGCUGAAACUGAUGAUUAUAUUAAUGCAAACUAUAUGCCUGGCUAUAAGUCAGAGAAGACAUUUAUUGCUGCACAGGGUCCUUUACCCAAUACUGUAAAUGACUUCUGGCAAAUGAUUUGGUCCAAGAAUAUCUACUGUAUUGUUAUGUUGACAAAAUGUAUGGAACAAGCUCGGCCAAAAUGUGAGCAGUACUGGCCAGACAAACAAUCCAAGAACUAUGGUGGCAUUGUUGUGACACUAGUAUCGGAAAUUGUCCGUCCAGAAUGGACAAUAAGGGAUUUCACUGUAGAAAAGUCCAGCAGUACAGUGGCCCGCACGGUGCGGCAGUUCCAUUUCACCUCCUGGCCAGAUCACGGAGUGCCAGAGACAACAGACCUUCUCAUCAACUUCAGAGACCUUGUUCAUCAGUACAACAAUGAAAAUCCAACUGAUUCUCCUAUUCUGGUGCACUGCAGUGCUGGCGUUGGGAGGACAGGGACGUUCAUUGCCAUUGACUACCUGAUUCAGCAGAUGGAAAUGGAGAACGCUGUGGAUGUGUAUGGAGUGGUGUAUGAUCUCCGCAUGCACCGACCUUUAAUGGUGCAAACUGAGGACCAGUAUGUCUUCCUAAACCAGUGUGUUAUGGAUAUGAUUAGAUCCAAGAAAUACAAGAAAACUGAUCUUAUUUACGAAAAUGUGCCAGCAAUGGCAAUCUAUGAAAAUUUCACACCUGGGUCAGACUUCGGGAAGGCCAAUGGCUACCACUUCUAG